UUCGUCGCCAUCCAAGUAAAAACUUAUUCUUCACCAGCACCAAAUUGAUCGCCAACCACUGAGCUCUUAAGAACAAAGAAGCAUUGAAUUUGUUACGGAAGACGUAUCUUUGAGGAGAAAAAGUGACCACAAACCUCUGGAUAACUUGUGCGCACAUCCAUACACAUACGAGCCAUCUGUACACACAAAAGAAAACUUCUUCUAUUAAGAUUUUAAAGGAGAUGACUCGCUACACUACCAUGCGUAAACAGGCUGAGGCAAGGAAAUAUGCGCUAACAUGCAGGCUCUCUGGUAGCAAGCAUCCGAUUCGACUGUGCCCAGUGUUUCGGUCCAAAUCGCCGGAGGAUCGCCUUCGUGAAGUGUUAGUGCAUCGGUACUGUACUAAUUGCUUGUCCGGGAUGCAUCGUGCCGCUCAUUGCACUCAUCCGGGAACUUGUCGACGCUGUAAAGAGCAACACCAUACAAUGCUCCACAUCGAUCUACCAGGCGAUGAACAACCGCGGGCCAGUCGCAAUGACGCAGACGACAGCGAUGCGAUUUCGUUAGUCGCGUCCGAGACUGGAGCGGAAACAAUUGCUUUCCGCCCGGACUUGGAGGAAGGGGAAUUGCUAAGCGCUGGAGCGGAAACCAGUGCUUUCCGCCCAGACGAAGCGCCCGGAAUGGAGUCAAAUGCACUCCAUCCGGAUUCUGCGAGCGAGCUAGAGUUGGAACCCCAACAUUUCGGACAGCUCUUACGAUACCAGCCAAGAGAGAGCGGAUUGGAAAUUAGAACUUUCCAACCGCGAUACUAUACCUCAUACCCCCAACCUCGACGACGAAGUAACCACCCACGGCAUAAGCGUCGCAACGGGAGAGUGGAAUCACACGCAUUCCACCUCCCUAAAAGAACCGGAUUUCGGUCUGGGCAAGAUCACGCCCCAAUGAAUCCGAUACAACAACUCACCGCAGUUGCGCCAACAGCCAUCGUGAGGGUAGAAGCAGGAGGACGCUUGCACCUGGUAAGAGCUUUGAUUGAUCCGUGUGCCGCAACAUCCAUUAUCGCAGACGACCUCGCGCGAGAGCUGAAGCUCAAUUUAACGGCAGUCGGCAAUCAACGAGGGUGUUUCAUAAAACUACGCGGAAAAUACGGAAAUUCCACGACCAUAACAAUGCACGCGGUGGCCGUACGGAACCAUCGGCAACAAACGCCUUUAAAAAGUCUCGAUGCCACGGUCGUAGCACCAUACAACAAUAUAAAGCUCGCCGAUCCUCAGUUCCACAUCGCAGCUCCCGUCCGCUUAGUGCUAGGUGCCGAAGUUUUCCCUAAGAUGUUCUUAGGCGCCAUUCCAGCGGGAACUCUCGGUGCGCUACUAGCGCAAAACACCAUUUUCGGAUGGGUACUGUCAGGCGCAUGCUAA